AUGAUUCAAGCUCCAUACAUCAAAGAAGAUGAUCAAUCACGUAAAGCAGUAAAGACGAUCGAAGAGACAUUUUUGGGUAAAAACACGAAGAUUACAAUCAACGAUGGUCGUACGUUCGAAGGUCGAUUCGUUUGCACAGAUAGCGAAGUGAAUGUUAUCUUGCAAGGCACACACGAAUAUAGAAUUAGGAAUCAGUCAAAAGGUACAGAAGUGGAUACUGCAAACACAGAUACCACCUUGCAAAAACGAUGGGCAGGAAUGGUAAUGAUACCCGGUCAACAUAUCACGAAUGUCGAGGUGGUGCAACCGCUCCCUCCAAAGACGAAUGAUGCGGCCAUUACAGCUGGUGAAGCAAUGUAUGGCUGA